UGCUGUUGCACCUAUCACUUACAAAUUAUUUAUAAAAGCUUCAUUUGUCUAUUAAUAAACCUACUCAUUACUUUUAGAACAGUUUCGACAUUACAGAGGCGCUUAGAGGUGCAGUGUUUAUACUACACCGUCGCGUAAUACGCAUCCCAAAUGCGUACGAGACACAAAUAUUUUCUCUCAAAAUAACAUUGUGGGUUACUCGAAAAUGUGCAGUAAACAGUUGACUAUAUUGGCUUGAUACGCUCAAAAUAUUAGUGCCGCUUCAGUAUAACUCGAUAAAAACGAAGUUAUCGCCAGAUCUAUCUGUGUGUCGUCUACACAUCUAUUCUUUGAUAAGAUUCCAAUCAGUAUUUGUGUUCGAAAUUGUCGGAUAAAAUGUGCUAAUCUAUUGUGUGAAGAGGUGAUAAUGCGGGUUAACAUGGUGUGAAAACUGUUUGGGAAUAUUUAAAUACCACUUGAACGUUAAUUUAUGUUUUAUUAAGAGUUGUUUUUAAGUCAAUAUGCCUGGGAAAAUCAAAGUGAAGGUGCUAGCCGGGCGGAACCUGCCGGUAAUGGACCGCGCAAGUGACACCACGGAUGCCUUCGUGGAGAUCAAGUUUGGGAGUGUUACACACAAAACUGAUGUGUGCAGAAAAUCUCUAAACCCACAUUGGAGCAGCACAGAAUGGUAUCGGUUUGAGGUGGACGAAUCAGAGCUGCAAGACGAGCCGCUGCAGCUGCGCCUGAUGGACCACGACACGUACUCUGCCAACGACGCUAUCGGAAAGGUCGUCAUCAGUCUUGCGCCGCUGCUGGCUAGGGUAGCGAACACGAAAGGUGGAGCUGCCGCACCGCACGGAGGAGCCAUGAUGUCAGGAUGGAUCCCCGUGUUCGACACCAUGCACGGGAUCCGCGGCGAGCUGAACGUCAUCGUCAAGGUGGAGCUGUUCUCGGACUUCAACAAGUACAAGACCUCCAGCUGCGGCGUGCAGUUCUUCCACUGUCCGAUGAUACCGCCCGGUUACAAAGUCACAGCUAUACACGGGUUUGUUGAAGAGCUGGUAGUCAACGAUGACCCAGAGUACCAGUGGAUCGACAAGAUCAGAACACCGAGGGCUUCCAACGAGGCGCGCCAGGUCGCAUUCAUCAAACUGAGUAACCAGGUACAACGAUUGGUAGGCCUUAAGGCGGCCGAGUUGGGAGCCAACGCAGUUGUGGGAUACCAGCAAGACUUCGACCUGGAAGGGGAAGCGGGCGUCGUCGCCAGAGCCAUCGGUACAGCCGUCAGCAUCACCGCGUCGCCAAUGGCCAACCAACCUCCCAGCGUGCCGCCCUGCUCGCAACAACAACUCAAUAAGUACUUGGACAUUUUAGCGACCGAAAACGAAAGUACGACCGUUCUGAACGAAUACUUCCAAUCUCAUCAAGACGAGCUACAGAAAUUACUGUACAUACUCAACCCGAAAACAUCGUCAAUGCUCGACGAAACUGAGAAUAUUGAAGAUGAAGAUAAUGAGAAAAGCUUUGAGUUAUCCAGACAAACCAGCAUAAAAAGUUACACAGGAAAUUAUUCUAUUUACCAAAAUGAAUAUGGCCCUCAUGAUAGCAUGAGGCACUUGUCCGAGGAUCAGACAGAUUUGAACAGGCUACUGAACCGCAAUGAUGAUUACAAUGAUUCUAUGGGGCCCUUGAAAAAGAUAAAACAAUUUAAAACCAAUAUUUUUAGACUCGGCAAUAUGAAAUCACGAAAAUCUGAUCAAACCGAUGAUGCAAUAUCUAUAAAGUCUAAUGUUUCCGAUACGUCAAAGAUAUCUUUAUCCGAUAUAAAAAAUGAGUUCAAAAAAUUGAAAAUAUUAAAAACGCCCAAAUUACGGAAAGCUUUUGCUAAUAAAUCAGAUGAAGGCAUUGGUAUGGCCUCGGUGCUUGCUAGAUCAGUUAUUCACGCUCAUACGAGUCUCGCACGCAUCUCUGAAACUCAAGAUUCUGACCCUUCUCCGAGCUCGACUCUAAGACGGACCAAUGAAUCUGAGCCUGCUAUUAAUGUAUCUGAAGAAGAACAAGCUAGCAGAGAUUCAGAAUCGUAUGAUAAUAAAUCUCUCGGUAGCGAUAAGAGGGCAUUACCAGCUAUAAAGUUUUCAUCUUUAAAAAACGUCUCUACUGACGAGGAAACAGAGCCAACCGAGGGUCGUCAGCGAAAAUUAUCUGAAUCUUGUCCGUCGACACCGGUAGUUGCUAGAAAAAAUCUUCUUAAGCUUCCUGGAGAUGUUGGCUAUUUCGGCUCAGUUUCGUCUGCCUUGUCUGCAGAUAGCUCAGAAGCAUACUCUAGUUCUGAAGAAGAUGACGAGAGCUCCAUUAAAACUGAUACUGAAAAAACAUAUGAAACUACAAGUUCAGUAGUAAAGUCGGUCCUUAACAACAAAGUAAAUCCAGUUUUUAUAGCACAAAUGGAUAAAAAACUAAGUGUGUUGGAAUGUAAUACUCUUGAUCUUCACGAUGAUGAAAAUCAGCAAGUCAUUGAAAGCGACACUAGUCCACAAGAAUCGUGUCAAGAGACCCCUGCAGAUGAACUUGAAGAUUGUAACAGCAAUGAUAAGAAAACAGAAAUCUCGGGUGUUGAAGAAACCCACACGUUUGUAGAUCCGAAAUCUCAUAGUCUCCAUUUCAAAUUUCACAACCCAUUCUCACAUAAGAAGUUAUCACAGAGCAUCAGCGCCCCAUCGUCUCCCGUAGAGAAGAAGGGCUUUGUAUAUCGCUCCUCAUCCAAGAUUAAACGCCAGCUCUCGAAAAUAUCCAAAAGCAGCAUGAUCAAAAGCCUGUCUCAUUAUUCCUUGUUGCCGAAAAGAAAACAUAGCGACCCGAAACCUGCUUUGAGCCAACCCGAAUCAGCUUCCGAUGUCCCUUCUAAAGCACCCAGCGAAACCGUACUAGGAUCUGCCUUUCUGUCAUAUUCUGAUUUACUUAGUCUUGAUAAGGAAGGUAUUGAUGCUAACAAUCGUCUUCAUAGAAGUGAUGAAUUCACACAUUCAAGGGUAUCGAUGUAUAUUGGUUCUGAACCUGUUUCCAGGGCUUCUGUGAGCGGUCCAUCUUCUCCUAACCAUGGAAAAGACGAUUACCAUCCACAUGAGCACAGAACUUUCAAGAAAAGACCAAGCAUUAAUCCAAGUGGCUUGAUUGCUACUGCAAUGGAGACGAUUUUAAUUGAUAAAGUACAGAAUCUGCUAGUGCCGACAUCGCCAAACCCAGCGCAACAGGACGAAAAGAAGUUCUUUGAUGACGUCAACGAAAAAUUAGAGAAAGUCGAAGAGGCGAGAAAUAGAAAGGAAAAUGAAAAUAUGAAGGCAACUGAUACUUCAUCUAAAGAUAAUGUAGAGUAUGUGAAAGAUGCAAAGGAAAAUACACCUCAAACUAUUUCUGACGGGAAUAAAGGUGCGAGUGAUUCGAAAUCUAGGCAACAGGAAAUAUCUGCAGGCAUUUCGAAUAAAACUAUCAAACAUUCUGAAUCGGAAAAAGUUGAAUUGGGUGACACAAAUCAUAAGCAACUAGUCAGGCAGGAUAGUGUACGUUCAAACGGGUCGCAUAAAAUGUCCAACGAAACCGACUUUAACCUCGUUUCAUCUGCUCCACCCGCGCCUAUGUUGCAACACUUUCAUCCCGUCCUUAGCGGCGUGUCCAAGUUAGCGACCAUACCCUCAUUACCCGAGACUAGUAUAGACCAAUCCGAGAGUAUAGACACCGACGGCACAUGUCUAUGUAAUGAUAAGUGUGAGUGUAGCGACACUAACAAGGCUAGUGUGUGUGAUAACUCGCAUGCAGCGUGCGAUGUUGACAGGGACAGGGAGCGGGAGAGAGAGAAGAACGUUGAGAAGGAUUCACCGAGGCACGCUCGGCACGAGUCGUACGGCAAUCGGGACGGGAUCGGCUCGGCGCACGCGCCUAACUCGUCGCUGGAAGCCACGUCCACGCCGCAAGGGAUUCAUCGCCGGUCGUCGGAUUCUGAUCUUAGUGUUACACCAAAAGGUGGUUCACUAAACGCGUCAGUCGGCAACACGGGCGGCGGCGGCGGCGCCAUCUUGCGGCCGUCGAUGAAUAGCAACAACCUGGAGAUGCUCGAGUACCCGUUCCUUACUAUGUCGGAGUAUCCUCCAGGCUUCAUUGUUCACAUUGGCGGCACAGUUUGCGCCCGUUCAGUGAAGCUGAUGGACGGCGGAGGCGAGAGUAGUUCUCGAGCGGCGUGGUGGGCCGAGCUGCGGACUGAGCUAAGAGCGCACGCGCGCGCACUGCGCUGCAACGCUGUCAUAGCGUACACCGAGACGGCAGCUAUAUGUGAGGAUGUAUGCGUGUUAUCCGCAUCGGGCACGGCCGCAGUGAUCGACCUGGAGUGCGGCUGGGAGCGCCGCGAGGAAGACUCGUGCUCGCUCGCGCACGUGCCCUACUCACCGGGCGCCGGGCCCUACCGCGCCGAGCUGUCCGGGGACUCGUGCUCGCUCGCGCACGUGCCCUACUCACCGGGCGCCGGGCCCUACCGCGCCGAGCUGUCCGCCUGCCAGGGCUGCAGACGCGCUCGCGUUCCAGCGGUGCUCCUCGCGACGUGCGCUCGGCCGGGCAGCCUGGCGGCCUACAGCGCCGCCGUGCCGCUCACGGCCGUGGCGGCCCGGGCGCGCCGCGCGCCGCCGCAGGCCGAGCCCGGCGCCCGCGACAUCUCCGACCAGCUGCCCUUCCUCGAGUACGAGCUGCACAAGCUGCUGCUGGCUAAACUGAGGAUGCAGGGUGCGAACGCUCUGUUCUCGUUACAAACACAAGUGGCGGUAGGAGAGCGUUGCGUCAUGGCGAUCGCGAGCGGCACGGCCGUGCGGAUCUGCGCGCUGCCGCCGCCCAUGCCGCCGAGGAUUAAGGCAACAGAGAACGACAAAGAAGCGUUAGAAAUUCAGAAGGCGUUAUGGGACGCGUUCACUGCCAAUAAGGCAGCGAACGGAUACGACGUUGUUCUUCCCGAGAUGAGCACGAAUGGCCCCCUAACCGAAGCUGACGGUGAGCGAGGUGACGAGGCGCCAGCGCUCGACCUAUGUGCCGACAAAGACGCCUGCGUGCUAGAGCUUGACGAGGCGGAGGACGUGGAGACCGCGAAGGUGCUGGCUAAGCGACGCCCGCACAUGCAGGUGUUCACCAAUAGCUCUAAAGCGCUUCCUGGUGCGCCACCGCAGGCAUUUGCACAGGUGUGGCGAGCUCGUCUUCAGCUGUCGGGGCAGGGCGGCGCUAGCACGGCGGGCGAGCGGCACGUGGCGCGCGCGCUGGACGGCGUGGCCUACAAGCUGCGCCGGCUCAGGCCCUGCGCGCUGCUCUCACCAAGGAUACAGCUGGAGCUGCCGGAGGAUGAAAUCCAGCUGGUCGUGUCCGGGGCCGCAAUCCGCCUGGUCGACCCGAGCAAGGUGGAGCACAGUGAGAACGGCCACCCCCCGCACCCCGCUGAGGACGACGAUAUCUUCGCCCUGGACGAGGAACAACUCGUUAAGAGCCAGGAGGAGGAGAAGACCGUCGUUCCGGCGAAUGGACAAGUUCCGCCGACGGUGUCCCUGACGUCGCUGUGCUCUUGCUCCGGCGCGGGCACGGCGCGGCGCGUGUGCGCGCUGCGGCUGCUGUUCGUGCGCGAGACCACGGCCGUGCGCGAGCUGGGCGGCCUCAGCGGCUUCCUGCACACCUUCACGUGCGAGGUGCUGGCAAUAGCGCGCGCGUACACCGCAGCGUUGGGCGGCAACGCGCUCACAUCGUUCUACAUCACGCAGCUCAUGUUGCAGGACAACGCACACAAGAAUCAGGGUCAAUGUCUUCUAUCUGUAGGAGGCGACGUGGUGCACAUGACAUAUUAAGGUUUAUUAAAUCUACAUUCACUAUUAUUCUCUUCUUACUUUGGAAAAGUCCGUGAUGGCUAAUUACUACCGAAGUUUAUUGUGUUACCACUAUAAUUUAUAAAUUAAAGAAUGUAUUCACGUAAUAUAUUUUUACUCUAAUGGAGGUAUGUGAGCUAAACGGAGAACUCACCUUUAUAUUUCUUUGCUGUUUCAAAUAAUAUGGUUUUCAUUUGUUUCGAGUGUAUUUUUAUUAAUUUUGGAGUCUGUGGGUCAUACACAUUUUAUAGUUUGGUUAACUAGUUUGCGUCUUUCCUGUAGACAUAGCAAAGUUAAGGAAAUCUAAAGCUACAAAUUUGUAAACCCUUACAGGCGGGAUACAAUUUUUCAGUACUCCAGACUCAAGAAAAACGGGAUACAUAUGUACAAGAGUCGUUAACUUUAAUGAUAUUGUCCACAGAAGUGACAUCUUUUAAAAAUGUGUUUGACCCUUGUAUCUAAAAUAAAAAGUGAAGUUAUAUAUUUGAAAUCAGAAAGUUCACUGACUGAAAUUGUAAUAAUCACUUAGACUUUUUUGAAUGAUUCACGGUUAGUUUCGCUAGACUUAUAUUGACUCAUAAAUAAUACAAAAGGUAAUCACGGUCUAUAUACCGGUCAAUAUAAGUCUAGUGUAAUAAUCACUGUCAAAUUGUACAGUUUCCUUGUUUGAGACAGCAUGUUUACAGCUUCCAGACUUUUAUAGUAAUAAGUAUCAGUAUGACCAUGACCAAUUUAAUUUUCUCAUCUAUGAUAUUCCUCGUGGUUUUUAUUAAAUCGUCCUAUAUAAUCACCGUGGGCCAUCCUAACCCGUCAAUAUUUUUUACUUCAAUAAGGCAAUGGCUUAACCGGGCCAACGGUGUAUGCACUCGGGACAUAUGUUUCGUGAAUCCUGUCAAUUAGUAUAGUAAUAAAUUAAGAAACUGUAUUAUGUUAUAUUUGGGUGCGACUGUAUGUGGAUCGAUGUUGUUUUUAAGAGAUUGAGAGAGACUGUUAAAGUUAUUAUAAAUUUUUCUUCAGUCUAUUUGUCUUUCGUAUAUGUAUAAAGGUAAUAGGUAAUAAGUGAAUUAACUUUUUUUUUUUAAUUACGUAUUAUUCGGUAAUGUCCUAUAAAAGACAAAUCACCUAUUCAGCAUUAAAAAAGCUUGUUAUCGCAGCGAUUUUUGGAACAUGUUUCUCUAUAACAAUAGGGUUUGAUUUUUCUGACGAUGCACUUUGUUAUAAUUUUUUAAAUUUUAUAUGUGAGCCAUCGUAUAAUUGAAAUAUCUUGCUUAUUUACAAAAUUGUGUAGAGUAAUUGUGAAUUAUUUAGAUUAUUUAUUUAAUUUUUAUUUAUUGAGUGUUAUUUUUAUUUAACAUUUUGAACCCUAUAUUUUAGUUUAAUGCUUGCCACAGGUUAUAUAGUUGAAAUUACGUGUGCGGUUGUGUAAGGACAUUUUUCAAAUAAUUAUAAUGGUUAUGUAGCAUAAUUUCUAAAAUCAACUAUCCAAGUACUAAAUUCCUAGAUGCAUACCCUAAUACACUUUUAAUCGAACGAUCUCAUUUUUGAAAAUCAAUAUUCCUUUUUACAAAAUGCCUAAUGACAAUACUUUGAAAGUCAAUAUGUCUAGUGCUCAAAAUAGCCACGUAUAAAAAGCCUAAUGACAGUACUUGUAAACUCAAUAUUUCCGAAAACAUUUCCUUCUUACCCUGAGUCGACGGAGCGCCGCGUAGCGGUAGCGUAGUAGGUAGGCUAGGUUCGUUAGGUAGCUUCAGAUGCCCGAAGGGCAAACCGCCCAGAAAUAGGAGCCCCGCAAACCGGGGUUCCUUCUAGUUAAGUUGUGAAGGUAAUGUUUUUUGAAAAGAUGGUUUGGGUUCGUACGUUAGAUUCUUUAAACUAAGGUCAGCUAAACAAAGGACAAAUGUCGUUAGAAAUUUCGCAAUUUAUACGUUUUAAACUUAGGUCAUCUGGACGUAGGAAAAAAGGAAAAAAGGUCGUAAGCAGUAUUGUACUUUAGACACUGGACAUGCAUCUUUAGGAAUUUCGUACAUUAGACCAUAGAUUGGUAUAUGUUAUUAGACAUUUUGAUUUUAGAUGGAGGUCUUUAGGAAUUUCGUACUUAGGAUAUUUGAUUUUAAAAAUUAUGCUACAUAAACAUUAUAACUGUAGGUACUAAAUAAAUGCAUAAAAAUGACAAUUAGAAUAGUUACUCUAAAAUAUUUAAAGUUUACUUAUAAUUAGAAAAAACAGGUUUUCUUUAAUUAUAAUUGAAUGCUUUUGUUUCUAGAUUCUACUGAUUUUUUUAUCUAAUAUGCCAUAUCAAUUUUCCAUUCUCCUGUACUAUACUACUCCUACUGCUACUUGUUCUGACGCCAUAAGACGUAGGUAGGUACGUUGAGUUAAAAAUAUGUACUAUUGUUUUAAUUUUUGUUUUUACCUAUUUUACUGUCUUUGAAUUUUGGUGCUAUUUAUUGUAUUUGUCUGUUUGUAUUAUACAAGACAAAAGAAAUUUAAAACAUUUGUAAGAUAUUACAGUAAGCCGCAUUCACAGUUCCUGAUGCAUCAAAGAAACGUGAACGCAACCAUAUUAAAUGUAUGAAACGGAUACCCGUCACAACACAACACGAUAGACAAAUGUCAAUGCGGCUUUAUUUAAAUAAUAAUGUCUUUGUGGUCUUGAUUCAUUAACGUCACAUGGCGGCUACCGGCUACAUAAAUAUUAGAACUCAUACAUACCUAUUUCGACACGUAACUCUUAACAUUUAUACAUUAUGUUUGUAAAAUUGUGGUUUUAUGAUCCUGGAAUUUGAAUGAAAAAGUUAUAUCAUGUAUUGAAAGAUCGGCAUUUGAACUUUACAAAUUUGACAUCACUCCCAGCGAUAUUGCCUUAUCAGCGCACGAGUGAGCGAUGUGCCUACGCUGCAUAAGCUACUGAGUGAUCUCAAAAUGGGAUCAAGUUGAAGUCAACAUUAGUGAAGUUGGAAUGAUUCUCCUGGACACGAAAAUGCGUAGGUAUGUUUUAUUUUUCACAACAUAGGUACAGUUACAACUACGACCAGUUUGGCAUUGACAUAAACGCUAUCGUGAACGUAACUUACUUUCUAUGCAUCUCGCUCGUACUGGCAUACUAGUGCGAGCGAGAUGUAUAAAAAGUAAAUUACGUAGACGUUAUCGUAUAUGUCAGUGUUGACACUGUCAGUGGCUCGUGGUACGGGUACAGGUUAAGGGCUAGUGUAAAGUGACCGACAUCAUGUUAUUCAAUGACAGUUAUUAAUCUCUCGAAUGCCGGAACGCGGAUCCACGUUAGUAGGUAUUGAACUCUAAUUUUGACGACCGGUCUGGCCUAGUGGGUAGUGACCCUGCCUGUGAAGCCGAUGGUCCUGGGUUCGAAUCCCGGUAAGGGCAUUUAUUUGUGUGAUGAGCACAGAUAUUUGUUCCUGAGUCAUGGGUGUUUUCUAUGUAUUUAAGUAUUUAUAUAUUAUAUAUAUCGUUGUCUGAGUACCCAUAACACAAGCCUCCUUGGGCUUACCGUGGGACUUACUCAAUCUGUGUAAGAAUGUCAUAUAAUAUUUAUUUAUUUAUUUAUUUUUAUUUAAUUAUGAAUAAAUUAGAAUUCAAUACUUACUGCGCGGAUCCACAUUCCGGUGUUCGAGAGGAAGUCAAUGAUAUUAUACCGUCUUAUAAUACUCGUAGCCUACAAGCAGAAACUUGCAAAAUUGUUCGCGUAAUAAAAUAAAGUAACUGGAUUGCUCACUAAGUUUAUAGAAAACUAUGAAGCCGAAAUAUUAUUUAUCAGUAGUCUAUACUAUAGGUAUGUAUGUAUAAAUAUGUUUUCCUUUUUACUGUGUGUGUAUAAGUUAGUACUCUUUUACGUACAAUCGUAUAUGUAUUUCCAGCCAAACUGUUUCGUAUGUUAUUACAGAUGAACUGCUUAUACAUUCUCAAGUUUCUCAUAGGAGUAUUCUCAUAUAAUAUUUAUAUUUUACUUUUCAUUUAAUAUUGAAUACUAAUUUUUUUUUUAAUUUUAUUUACAUACAAGAUAUAUACAGUGGUACUACUAAACGAAAUAGUUCCCAGCGCGCAUAAGUUGUUUGCAGAAAUCGCGAAGCGUCUGGUUGACGUAACUGGUGACCGAAGAGCUGGCGGCUUUCUCGCACAACGUAUCAGCAUUGCGAUACAGCGGGGAAAUGCCGCCAGCAUCCUUGGUACAAUGCCUCAAGGGCCUAUUUUAAAUUUAAGCUAGUUAUUAAUUUAGAAUACUAAUUAGGGAAACUCGAACUUGUAGAGGCAGAUGAAAUGUUAAAUUACUCGGAAAAAUCAUUGGGUAAGUAGUAUUUUAAGAUCAAAUUGUCAAUUGUCAAGGCAGAUUGACUUUCUCCCGAAAUAAGAGCCAAGCUCUCAAGCCUUUAAUUUACGUUUGGAUAUACUUCCAUGAUACUGCCUAACUCUAGUCUUAAUCUACUUUGUUUGGCUGUAAAACAUGUUCAUGUUCCUCACAAGCAUACCUAGUGUUUUGAAUGUGGUAUUUGUAUUCUAGGAAA